AAGACAUUUCCAGACGGACAGUAGGUAUUUCCUGUUGUCCGUUAAGUUUUAACACUCCGUCAACAAGCAGAAUCCACAUGCGGAGAAUAGAAUUUAAAAGUACAUUUUGUGACAGAAUAAUAUUAAAUUACAUUUUUCUACGAGGUUACACUGUUCUUUAAGGUUUACAUAUAACCAGCACCAUUAUAGACAUGCACAUUCUCUGGCUUAUAACGUUAAUAACAUGGCGGCAACGUUAAAAGGUCGUGGCUAGCAUUUCUGAGCACAUGUGUUACUGAGGAUGUGGAGGGCAGGUCGUGUCCUGAGUUUGAGGCUGGUGGAGAGAGGAGCUGCCAGACACCACAGCAACACACCGAAACCUCCAUCCCUCUCUUCAUCCUCUCGACGCCCCCAAGCAGAGAAACAGAGGCGGAGAAGAGAGCGGGAGGAGGCCAUAUUGUCAAAUCAACACAGUGCUGCUGAAGAUAAUGUGUUGAAAUGGAGUGAGAAGCAGAAGAUAGUGUACAUUGCUCAAACACCUCAUGGAACAAAGAAAGACACCAGCUUGUCGUUCCCAUCCUCGUACAGUCCGGAGUAUGUGGAGUCCAGCUGGUAUCAGUGGUGGGAGAAGGAGGGAUUCUUUUGUCCAGAGCAACAUGAGAGGUUAUCUCACAGUGUGGAUCAGACCUUCUCUUUGUGUAUCCCUCCACCAAAUGUGACUGGUACGCUGCACCUGGGCCAUGCUCUGACUGUAGCUGUGGAAGACGCUCUGGUUCGAUGGAGGAGGAUGCAAGGCUACAGAGUACUGUGGGUCCCUGGAUGUGAUCAUGCAGGAAUUGCAACACAGACAGUGGUGGAGAGGAGACUGCUGAGGGAAGAAGGGAAGCGUAGACAGGACUUCACCAGGCAGGAGUUUCUACGUGAGGUGUGGAAAUGGAAGAACGAGAAAGGAGGAGAGAUCUACGAGCAGCUGAGGAGGCUUGGGGCUUCUCUGGACUGGAGCAGAGCGUGUUUCACUAUGGAUCCAGGUUUCAGCAGGGCUGUGACUGAGGCUUUUGUCAGGCUGUGUGACUCUGGUCUGCUUUAUCGCUCAGAGGCUUUGGUCAACUGGAGCUGUGCACUGGAAUCUGCCAUCUCUGACAUAGAGGUUGACUCAAUGGAGCUUUCUGAGCAGACCAUGUUGCCUGUUCCUGGUUAUGAUAACAAGGUGGAGUUUGGAACCAUGUUGACCUUUGCAUACCCUAUAGAAGGCCAUGAUGGAGAGGUGGUAGUGUCCACCACCCGUCCUGAGACUAUGCUAGGAGAUGUCGCCAUAGCUGUUCACCCAGAUGAUCCUCGAUAUCAGGCUGUUCAUGGGAAGCAGUGCAGACACCCCUUCACCAACAGACUCCUGCCCAUCAUCACUGAUUCAAUGGUGGACAUGGAGCUAGGAACUGGUGCAGUGAAGGUGACCCCUGCUCAUGACCAUACUGACUUCUUGCUGUCACAGAAACACUCACUGCCACGCCUCACUGUGAUUGGAGGAGAUGGGACCAUGACACCCCCCUGUGGACAGUGGCUGGAGGGAGUGAAGCGUUUCGACGCCAGACAGCUCGUUGUAGAUGCCCUGGUUGAGAAGCGGCUGUUUAGAGGAAAGAAGAAUCACGCCAUGAGUCUACCUAUUUGCAGCCGAUCAGGAGACGUCAUUGAACCUCUUCUAAAGAAGCAGUGGUUUGUUUGCUGCGAUGAAAUGGCUAAAAAAGCUAUACAGGCUGUGGAGGACGGACAGUUGGAAAUCAUCCCUCACUAUUAUACGAAGACAUGGAAGAACUGGCUGUCUAACAUCAGUGAUUGGUGCAUUUCCAGGCAGCUUUGGUGGGGUCAUCAGAUCCCUGCUUACCAAGUGGAACUUCCUAAGUCUACUGACAAACAGGAGGAACAGUGGGUUUGGGGAAGGAGCGAAGAUGAGGCCCGACAAAGAGCCGCUGUCAAAUACGGAGUGAAGCCAGAAGACAUUACUUUGACUCAGGAUCCUGAUGUCCUGGAUACGUGGUUCUCCUCUGGGCUGUUUCCCUUUGCGAUGCUUGGCUGGCCUGAGCAGACUGGUGACCUGCAGCGCUUCUACCCCAAUUCCAUUCUGGAGACAGGCAGUGACCUCAUCUUCUUCUGGGUGGCAAGGAUGGUAAUGCUGGGCACAGAGCUGACUGGACAGCUGCCCUUUAAACAGGUUCUCCUUCACUCCCUGGUGAGAGAUAAACAUGGCAGGAAAAUGAGUAAAUCUCUGGGAAACGUCAUUGACCCAUUAGAUGUAAUACAUGGAGUAUCUCAGGAGAGACUUCAAAACAAAGUGAGUGAGGGAAACCUUGACCCGAGGGAGCAGCUGGUUGCCAUGGAAGCACAGAGGAAAGACUUCCCCAUAGGGAUCCCUCAGUGUGGGACUGACGCUCUGAGAUUCGCCCUUUGCUCUCAUAAGAUGCAGGGAGAAGACAUCAGUCUGUCCAUCUCUCAGGUCCUGAGCUGCAGACACUUCUGUAAUAAAAUGUGGCAGACGCUCAGAUUCACACUGGGAGUGCUUGGUGACAACACAACACCAGUGGGAACACUGCAGGAGACGACGGCUCUGAGCAGCAUGGACCGGUGGAUCUGCUCUAGGCUCUACAGCACAGUGGUACAGUGUGAGCGGGCCUUUGAAGCCUAUGAGCUGCAUACUGUCACAUCUGCCCUGUACUCCUUCUGGGUCCACAGCCUGUGUGAUGUCUACAUCGAGUGUGUGAAGCCUGUGCUGGUCCGGCAGGAUGAGGGGGCAGUGGUCCAGACAGACACAGAGCACAGUGUCAGAGCAAGGCAGGUGGCCAACAGUGUCCUCUAUCACUGUGUGUCUAUGUCUCUGGCCUUGCUCUCCCCCUUCAUGCCCUUCAUCACCGAGGAGCUGUGGCAGAGACUCCAGCCAUUCAUAUGUGGAGCUGCUACCCAGACCACUCUGUGUUUACAGCCAUACCCCUGCUCCUCUCAGCUGGCACACUGGCAUUUCCCAGAAGAAGAAAGAGAUUUCCUGCUGGUGCGGGAAGUGAUCCGGGUGGCCCGCUCGCUACGAGCCCAGUGUGGCAUGACCAAAGAAAAACCAGCCAUGUGGGCAGUGUGUUCGCCCAGUCAGGCCCAGGUCCUCCUUCAUUUUGAGUCAGCUGUUUGGACAUUAAGCCAGAUCUUCUGCCUCCAUAUCUACUGUCCUGAUAGCACAGACACCCUCCUCUCUGCCCAUUCUACUCCUCCACCUAAAGGAAGCCUCAUCGGUGUAGUGGACCAAACGUGUCAGCUAUACCUCCACGUUCAGAGUGGAAUGAACAUUGAAAAACAGAUCCUGCAGCUCUCCUGCCGGAGGGCCAAGCUUGUUCAAAAGCUGGAGAAAAUCCUCUGCAGAGUCCAGUCUCCAGACUACCUGACCAAGGUUCCUGCUCAUGUCAGGCAGCAGAUGGACGCUAAGAUGUCAGCCCUGCAGCAGGAACUGAAAACCACUGAGGACCAGCUGAAGGUUCUGCAAGAGACUCAAACAACAGAAUAACUACAGCCAACGGCAUCACAGUAACUGUGUGGACUGCUGGACAUCAGAACUGAUUCAUCUGAAUUCUUUACAGUGUUGUCUGAGAUCGAGAUCUUUACACUGCUUGACUGAUGAUGUUUUCAUUAUUGUUGUUUACAUAAUGCAUUAUCUCAUUGUCAAACUGUAAGACUGCAGAACUGUACUGCUAUGUUAAUAACUCACCUGCAGAUGGAGUUGUG